AUGUCUAAGGUCUCGUCAUCGUCUGGUUCCGGUUCCAACAAGCUGCUGAGGGAAUAUCAAUUGGGGGAUUCAUUAGGAAAGGGCGCAUUCGGCCAAGUUUACCGGGCUCUCAAUUUGGCAAACGGAGAGACUGUGGCAAUUAAGGAGAUUCAGCUGAGCAACAUUCCGAAGAGCGAGAUUGGGCAGAUAAUGUCCGAGAUCCAUUUGCUCCAAAAUCUCAUUCAUCCGAACAUUGUCAAAUACAAGGGCUACGAAGCCACCCCGGAAUAUCUGUACAUUAUACUAGAGUUUUGCGAGAAUGGCUCGUUACACAACAUCUGCAAGAAGUUUGGCAAGUUCCCGGAGACGCUGGUCGGGGUGUACAUCGCCCAAGUUCUAGAGGGGCUCGUGUACUUGCAUGACCAGGGUGUCAUACACAGAGACAUCAAGGGAGCGAACAUUCUCACCAACAAGGACGGGUGUGUCAAGUUGGCGGAUUUCGGUGUGGCCAGUAGCACUGCAGCGGGCGCGGUUCGGGACGACGCCGUCGUGGGCAGCCCGUAUUGGAUGGCACCGGAGGUCAUCGAACAGUCUGGCGCAACGACCGCUUCCGAUAUUUGGAGUGUAGGGUGCACCGUCAUCGAGCUCUUAGAAGGCAAACCGCCUUACCACUUCCUCGACCCCAUGCCUGCACUGUUCCGGAUCGUGCAAGACGACAGCCCGCCGAUCCCGGAGAGUGCAUCACCCAUCGUCAAGGACUUCCUUUACCACUGCUUCCAGAAGGACUGCAACCUGCGCAUAUCCGCGAAGAAGCUCCUACGACACCCGUGGAUGGCGGCCGCGCGCAAGCAGCUCGCCGCACAGCAGGACAAGGCACCCGAAGUUCGCUUAGGCGGGGCACCCGAGCGGAGGCCACUCAGCAACUACAACUUCGACGACGCUCUGCUAAAGGUGCAGGAGUGGAACGACGCGCUGAAGUCGCCGGCCAACCGGCCCUCAAAGCACCCAGAACGCCAUAGGAAGACGUCCGCGACGGCACGCCCAGGGUCUCCGCUCCCGUCGCCGACGGCGAUGAUCGCGUCGGUACAGGCGUCCCAUCUCGCUGGACCGCCGCAAUCGAUGUUGCUCGGCCGUGGAAUGAGCUCCUCAGCGCCGAACGGGAAGCAUGUUCCUACCGGCACGCCUCUUGGCCACAUUCGCGAGACGUUGCCCAUGCCGUUCAUCCUUCAGGCUCCGGAAGAACAGACAGACAACUGGGAUGAUGAUUUUGAGGAGGGUAUCUCGCUGUCGAAAUUGCAUGUGGGUCUCGACAAGCAACCCGUGGAAGAGGAGAAGCUAGAGGUAGAUGACAACGCGAAGACAAUUCGUCCAGGGCACAGCCCUCAGGGCAUGGGCAGGAACGCACCUCUACCAGUCUCCAAGGCUCCCCAGCCCCAGAUCGCACCCAUCGCAGAGGACAACGACUUUUUCUUCGAAGAGGGGGACGAGGACAAGCUGGAGGAGAAGGUUGCUGACCUCAGACUUAGGAAUUCAGUUCGCAAGGGCCUCUUCCACCCCAACGACAUCAAGAUGUUCGGAUUGCAGCCUCCAUCCCCAGGCCCCAUGACCGCCCCUCUUCCUGGCCUCUCCCAUCGGAGGUCGCGUCCCUCGCUCAGCAUCAUGCCGUCGGGACCCUCGAGCGGUCCAACGUCGGCCCGCGCUCACUCCCGAUCGUCAUCGUACGCAAACGAGUCGUUCGGGCGCGAGGCUGCGAAACGGCUGCAGGGCGACUUCGACAAGUACGCGGAGACGGACGACGAGGACUACGAGGAUGUGUUCGGCAAGGUGAACGGGUCGAGCGCACAGCCUAUGGAGACGCUGCAGCUCAACACUCGAUUGUCGAACAAGUCUUGGUUUGGCGACGAGGAUGACGAGGAGGAUCCGUUUGCAGAGAUCGACGAGGGUUACGCUGAGGAAGAUCUCGAGGCCAAUCUCCAGCGUGACAAGUACGCGCGGCUCUCGAACAACGUCACCCAGCUUAUCGACGAGCUUACGCCGUCCGCGCCGGAUUUCCAGCUGCGAGAUGCUUGCGACCAAUUGCUCAACAUCGUGCAAGAAACACCUGAGAUGCAGUCCCAACUUGUCUCCGCCCACGGAAUGCUCGCGAUUGUGGAGGUUUUGGAGUCGAGGACCUCGCGCGACGUCAGCAUUAAGCUACUCCAAAUCAUCAACGCUCUCGUCACAACAGACAUGGGAUUCUUGGAGAGCUUCUGCCUGAUUGGUGGCAUCCCAGUUAUCAUGGGAUUCACGUCCAAGAAGUAUCCACCAGAAUGCCGCUUGGAAGCGUCGCACUUCAUCCGGCUGCUCUGCCACGCGUCCGUACUGACGCUGCAGAUGUUCAUCUCGUGUCGCGGGCUGAAGGUGCUCGUUGACCUUCUGGACGAAGACUACUCAGAGCAGACGGAGCUCGUCGUGCACGCGCUCAACGGCAUCUGCAGCGUCUUCGAUCUGCAGAGCCCGACGACCAAGAACGACUUUUGCCGGAUGUUCAUCCGCGAGGGCCUGCUCGAUCCGCUCACGGCCGCGCUACUCAAUGUCAUGAUGAACCGCGGGGACGCCGCGGCGGACAUGAACAAGAAGAUCAUCCAGAUCAUUCUUGUGUUUUGCCAAGUCUCGCAGUCCGACAUCCACGUCCGGAACGCGCUGGGAACACGAAAGAUCGUCCGCCGUCUGCUCAGAGCGUGCGAGAUGCUCCAGCCCGAGUACCUGGUCCAGAUGCUCAAGGCAGUCAAGCACCUCUCCAUGAACGCGAACGUUCUAGAAGUCUUGCAGAACGCAAACGCGAUCGAGAUUGUGGUCAAGAUCCUUGAUGAGCAGUGCUCUGGUCCGCUGGGCACGGAAAUGUCAAACCACAUCAUCCAGACGUGCUACAAUCUCUGCCGCCUAAACAAGUCGCGCCAGGAAGAGGCCGCGCAGGCGGGGAUCAUCCCCUGCUUGAAGCGCAUCAUCGAGUCCAACUCGCCGCUCAAGCAGUUCGCGCUCCCGAUCCUUUGCGACCUCGCCAGUGCGGGGAAGACUUGCCGGGUCCUGCUGUGGCAACACGACGGGCUGGGGAUGUACCUGCGCCUUUUGGAAGACCCGUACUUCCAGGUCAGCGCGCUCGAGUCUAUACUCUCCUGGUUGCAGGACGAAACGGCUCGGAUCGAAGACGAGCUGAUGACAACAGAGUCGCUGGACGCGCUCCUCCGCUGCUUCGUCGCGGCGAAGGCGAAUUCGUUCGAGAACCUCCUCGACCCGUUCCUCAAGAUCUUCCGAAUAUCGACAAGCAUCACGAUCGGGAUCGCGAAGGCGCAGUUCUUCAAGCGGCUGAUCGACAAGCUGAGCUCGAGCAAGGCGAUCGUGCGCCUGAGCCUGCUCCGGAUGCUCCGCGCGGUGUGCGACGUGCACCCGAACCGGGCGGUGCUCGUCGAGCGCUACGGGAUCUACGAGUUCGUCGAGCGGCUGAGCAAGGAGGACGUCGCGGUGCUCGUCCGGGAGCUGGCGCGCGAGAUCGUGCCGACGCUCGCGCCCGCGCUCAAGCCGUCGUCGCGGCUGUCGAAGGGGAUCGACACGCCGGGCAAGGCGGGCAAGGCGAUCGCGCCGAAGCUCAAGCGGCGGCACGCGUCGGAGUCGAUCAUGGGGACGCCGGCGGGGAUGGGCGCGCGCACGGCGAGCGGCGGCGGACCCACGCACGCCGCCGUGAGGAACGGGAAUGGGAACGGGAACGGGAGCGGGAGUGGGGGAGGGAGCAGGGAGGGGUCGCGCGGCGUGUUCGCGGGACGCGCGCCCAGGCAGCUGCUGAACGAGAUCCCGUGGCAGGGCCAGGACCGGUGGUAG